UUCUUCAUUCCCAUCUUCAUCUUCUUCUUCCUCUCUCAAUUCAAAUUUCGGAUAAUGGCUUCACUGACUUCACCACCACCAUCAUUUCUCACCUUUCAUCCCCGCCAAACUCGCCUCUUCUCCAGUUCAACUCUUCAAUUCCUUCCACUCCCACUUCAUCUUCCACCAAGGACAAUCAAACUCCAACAUAAACGCAAAACAGUAGAAUGCAGAGUUACGAAUCCAAACCCUCCAUCGUCAACGGCGUUAACAAAGGAGCCUCACAAAUACUUCGACCACGUUACCAUAACCGUUCGCGGAGGCGACGGCGGUCACGGAUCGAUUCUGAACCAGAAACCUAAAAAAGAAGCUGAAAAGGGCAAAAAAGGAAAAGGGAUUGAUAGUCAUAAGAGAAGUGCGUUGAAGAGGGAUUUUGAUGGAUCGGUUAUACUUCCGAUGGGCGGUCAUGGUGGCGAUGUUGUUAUCUAUGCGGAUGAGAGUAAAGAUACUUUGUUAGAGUUUCAUAAUAAGAAUAGGUUUAAUGCGAAACGCGGAGGGAAUGUUGAUGCGGUUGGUGUGUUUACUUCUUACUUGCGGAAUGGAAUUGCUGCUCCUGCUGUUAGGAUUGCUGUUCCUCUAGGUACAGUUGUGAAAAGCAAACGAGGAAAGAUGUUAGCUGAUCUAGCACGACAUGGUGAUGAAGUUCUUGUUGCGAGGGGUGGACAAGGAGGGAUUAGCUUGUUAGAAAUGCCAAAACAUAAUAGGAAAAAGACGACGAGUUUGACAACAAACAUGAUGAGAGAUGACUCGGAUAAGGUUUUAGUUCACGGUCAACCUGGGGAGGAAGUUAAGUUGGAGUUGACCCUACGAGUCGUAGCUGACGUUGGUUUGGUUGGACUUCCAAAUGCUGGGAAAUCAACGCUUCUGGGAGCCAUUACACUUGCAAAACCCGAUAUUGCUGAUUAUCCUUUUACAACAUUAAUGCCAAAUCUUGGGCGCCUUGAUGGUGAUCCCAACUUGGGAGCUGGAAUGUAUUCAUCUGAAGCCACAUUGGCUGAUUUGCCCGGCCUUAUUGAAGGUGCUCACUUGGGAAAGGGUCUUGGUCGCAAUUUUUUGAGGCACCUAAGAAGAACACGUCUAUUGGUCCAUGUUGUUGAUGCAUCUACUGAAAACCCUGUAAACGACUACAGAACUGUCAGAGAAGAGUUGCGCAUGUAUAACCCUGAGUACCUUGAACGACCAUACAUUGUUGUUUUGAAUAAGAUUGACCUUCCAGAGGUUGAGGACAAGCUUCCAAUAUUGACUCAAGAAAUUCUAAGAAUUGGCAGCGAUGGUACAGCUUCAGCUUCUGAACAAAAUCCAAAUUCUGAAAUUCCUGCUCAAUUAUUGUCUGACGAAAGUGACACAAAGGAAAAAAAACUUGAGGACUAUCCACGACCUCACUCUGUUAUCGGAGUUAGUGUUCUAAAGCGUAUUAGGAUUAAGGAGAUGUUAAAGGAGAUAAGGGCCGCUUUAAGGCAUUGCAAUGAUUCCAAUGGAGCAUUGGCUUCCAGUGUCGUGCGGUGAGAUUUGCGUCCUAUGCUUUGUCAAACACUUAAGUUAAACAAGGCUAUCUGCAAAGACUACACAAAAAUCGGUUCUGGUGUUAAUUUGGCUUUAUCAGAGAACAACUAUUAAGACAAUCACCAGUUAGUUAUAGAGAAAUUACUAACGCAAUGUGAGAUGCCGGACGCAUUAUGAGGUGAUAGUCCAUGUUCCUGGACCUCAUAUAUUGUUGCAAGCAAGAAUGGCAAUUUGACAUGUAAAUUAUAUCAGUUGUAGUAAAACUUUAAAAGAUGCUUUUAACAUCCACUACUUGUAAAGGAAAUGUUGUACUCUAUUUGUAAUGCUAAUAUUAUUGAUAUUGAUAUACUAUUCUUAGGACAAAGGAAACAUUGUACUACAUUAAAUAUUGAAUUAUAUACACGCAAGCCUGUUAAGUGUG